AUGCCUUCCUUAUCAUCGACUAGUUCUACUUCUACGGCGGGUACUAAAUCUCGUCGAAAACAUCAUCAUCAUCGUCAUGCUCAACGUCAUGUCGAUGAAAAUGCCCCGCGACAACAAUCGUCUUCAUCUGUAGUCGUUACAGCUUCAGACGAUAAUGAACCGUUAUCGAUGGCAACAUCACCACUAACAACAACAGCAACAACAAUAACAACAACAACAAUAACUACAAAAUCUGAUGAUAGAGCAUCACCAUUGAAUCAUCAUACUCUCCGUGAAAAUCAACAAAUAUCCGAUCGUGCAUCUCCUGUCAAUGGUCCUGGUUUAGCUAAACCUAUAUCAAUGGCAUCGUCCUUAAGAGAACAACAACAACAACAAUCUCGAAUACUAUCUACAAAUAAUCCCGCUGGAAAAAAACGUGUUGAGGCAGCAUUAGAAAAAAAUAUCGAAACUAUCGUUACACAAGUUCGUCGUACGACAACAAAACCGUCACAAUUAACACAAAACGAUCUUCAAUUAUUUGAUAGUACACCAUCAGCAAAUAAUACAAAAAAUGGUCACCAAUCACGUGAGACAACUCCAUUUUCAUCGCAUACGAUUCAUAAACAAGCAUCUUCAUCGUCACGUGAGAUGACACCUGAUUCGAUAAAUACAGAUUCAGCUAAUGAAGAUCAACAACAAACAAUACGAAAUGGACAUCCUUAUCAACACCCUGUUCAUCAUCCUUCAUCGUCUACAAACAUUGAUUUAAUACCACAGUCUAUUCCACCGUAUGGACAACAGCAAUGGCCUCCUACUGUUUAUCCAUUUGCUCAUCAACAUCCUGGACUCUAUUUACCCUAUCUAUCAGCAUCGCCAGUAACAACAUCAACUCCAACCAAUGGCCUACCGCCAUUUUAUCCAUCCUAUGAUCCUCUAUUUAUCGAGCAACAUUAUGGUCCACAAGGACUAUCUGCUUUUUACAAUCAACAACAACAACAGCAAGCUCGUCUUUUACAAGAGCAUUCAACAAUGUCAGGUACGCCAAAUAGUCCGCCUUUAUUUAGAGAAUCGCAAUCACUGACAGAUCUAUUGAAUAAUUCAAUGAAUAAUAAAAAAAUUUCCAAUCUUAUCAAUCCACGAUUAACAAAUUUAAAUGAACAACAACAACAAAUGAUCCUAUCUCAUCUUUAUCUUAAUCAAAUAAAUUCUCUUCCAUAUGUAACAUUAUACGAUAGUUCACCGUCAUCACAUCAAUUACGAACUAAUGGAGAUUCUGAUCAUCUCUCACCAACUUUAACAACGCCAACAAAAGAACGUAGUGAACAGUCUCCAGUUGGUAGUGGUGCUGAAUCAAUAAAAUCUUCAGACUCAAUUUCAAUGGGACAUAGAAAUAAAAAAUCAUCAUCACAAACAUUUCAACAUCAUCAUAAUAUAAAUGGAAGUUUAUCGAAAUUAUCACCCGAUCUAUCGUCGGAUGGUACAGGUACGAAUGAUGCCGACAGUAUUAUUUCAUUGGAAAGUCAAAAAUCAAAUACAACAACAAGUAUGCCUGUACUUGAAGAUGGUUUAUCUGAUUCUGAAAAUAUCAGUGAUGACGAACAACCAUCUUCCACAACGUCAAAAAUAAAUGGUCGUCAUCAAUCGACUCAAAGCGAUUUUCUAUUCGAUCCCAAUCAUUCAUCAUUGAUAACAUCAUCACACAAACGACAAUUCUCUAAAUCAGCAGCAGCAGCAGCAGCAAUAACAACCAAUGGUCUUGAAUCUCAAUCAAAAUCGUUUUAUAUUCGUCCACAACCACCAUCCUCACUGGUUCAAUCUAUUCCAACAGUAAACCGUUCAGCAUCAUCCGUAUCAAUAAAUGAAUCUAAUUGGCAGCAACCAAAAUCUAAUAAUGAUGAAACUUCUAGUGUUCAAACAGAUUAUGAUACCGAUGAAGAAACAGAUAAAUUACUGGGCGUUGAACAUCGUAUUCAUGCAAAAAAUCAAGCUGUUCGUGAUGCUGCUGUUACAAGACCAAAUAAACCUAAAACACACGAAGUUCUUAUUCGUACAAUUGUUGAUCCAGAAAAUUCUUCAGUUCUUAUUGAAGGUGUUUUAUUUCGUUGUCGUUAUCUUGGUUCAACACAAUUACUUGCCGAGGGAAAUCCAACGAAAGCAUCACGUAUGAUGCAAGCACAAGAAGCUGUUGGACGUAUUAAAGCACCACAAGGUGAAAGUCAACCAUCAGUUGAAGUUGAUCUAUUUAUAUCAACAGAAAAAAUCAUGGUUUUAAAUACUGAUUUACAAGAUAUUCUAAUGGACCAUUCCCUAAGAUCAAUAUCCUAUAUUGCUGAUAUUGGUGAUCUUGUUGUACUGAUGGCUAAACGCCGAUAUCUACAACAAACUGAUGAUAACAAUAAUGGGAACGAGGAAUCAAAUGAAAACAGUACACGUCGUGUUGUAUCAAUCAAUCAGAAAAUGAUUUGUCAUGUUUUUGAAUCGGAUGAAGCUCAAUCAAUUGCACAGUCAAUUGGACAAGCAUUUCAAGUUGCAUAUGUUGAAUUUUUAAAAGCAAAUGGUAUUGAUGAUCCAAGUUUUACACGCGACAUUGAUUAUCAAGAAGUACUGAAUCAACAAGAAAUUGGCAAUGAAGAAUUGGAUAGAUUUUCAAAAAAAGAAUGUCAAAAAGAAGUUAUUGUUCCCAAAGCAAAGAAUGAAUCACUUGGGAUCGUUAUUGUUGAAAGUGGUUGGGGUUCAAUGUUACCUACAGUUGUUAUAGCAAAUAUGAUGCCAACUGGACCUGCAGCAAGAUGUGGACAUUUAAAUAUUGGUGACCAAAUUAUAUCAGUUAAUGGAAUAAGUUUGGUUGGCCUACCAUUAUCAUCUUGUCAAGCACAAGUAAAAAGUGUGAAACAUCUUACAACUGUACGAUUAGUAGUCGUUCCUUGUCCACCAGUCGUUGAAGUAUUGAUUCGACGGCCGGAUACUAAAUAUCAACUUGGCUUCAGUGUACAAAAUGGCAUCAUAUGUAGCCUGCUACGUGGUGGUAUAGCAGAACGAGGUGGUGUACGUGUAGGUCAUCGGAUCAUAGAAAUAAAUGGUCAUAGUGUUGUAGCUACUCCGCAUGAAAGAAUAGUUAGCAUGUUGUCGAAUUCCGUUGGUGAACUACGAAUGAAGACCAUGCCAACUCAAAUGUAUCGUCUACUAACUGGUCAAGAAAAUCCGAUAUAUAUAUAG